AUGGAUACAUAUCAAACACCUCUAGCUUCACGCUAUGCUUCUAAGGAAAUGUCAAAAUUGUUCUCCAAUGCUACCAGAUUUGGGACUUGGAGGCAGUUGUGGUUGAAUCUUGCUAUUGCUGAAAAGGAACUCGGUCUACCAAUUUCAGAUGUGGCCAUUGAACAGAUGCGCGCGAAUUUGGAACUGGACGAGGAACAAAUGAGAAUAGCAGCUGAGGAAGAGAAGAAACGACGUCACGACGUGAUGGCUCAUGUACACACUUUCGGGGUGGUCGCCCCUGAAGCAGCAGGCAUCAUUCAUCUAGGAGCCACAUCAUGUUAUGUGACCGACAACGCAGAUCUCAUCUUUCUACGUCAAGGUCUCUCUCUCAUUUUACCUAAAUUAGCCACGGUCAUCUCACGUCUCACCUCUUUCGCACAGCAAUAUCGCGACCUUCCAACAUUGGGAUUCACCCAUUUUCAACCUGCUCAAUUGACGACGGUUGGUAAACGUGCUACUUUAUGGAUCCAAGAGCUUUUAUGGGAUUUGAGGAAUUUAGAACGUGCAAGAGCGGAUAUAGGGUUUAGAGGUGUGAAGGGUACUACUGGGACUCAAGCUAGUUUUUUGACUUUAUUCGAUGGUGAUCAUGAGAAGGUAGAAGCCCUUGACAAACGCGUAACCGAAUUAUUCGAUUUUCCUUACGCUUACCCAGUCACCGGUCAAACUUAUUCACGUAAAAUCGAUAUAGACAUCUUAGGUCCUCUAUCUUCGUUCGGAGCAACAGUUCAUAAGAUAUGUACCGACAUAAGAUUAUUAGCAAAUUUGAAAGAAUUAGAAGAACCUUUUGAAAAAGAUCAAAUCGGUUCUUCUGCAAUGGCGUAUAAGAGGAAUCCGAUGAGAUGCGAAAGAGCAUGUUCAUUAUCAAGACAUUUAAUGGUUUUAUAUCAAAAUACAUUAAUGACUUCUUCCGUUCAAUGGUUAGAAAGAACAUUAGAUGAUUCAGCCAAUAGAAGAGUUACAUUACCUGAAGCUUUUUUAACUUCGGAUAUACUUCUUACGACAUUACAAAAUAUAACAGAAGGUUUGGUCGUUUAUCCUAAAGUUAUAGAAAGGAGGAUUAAACAAGAAUUACCUUUUAUGGCUACGGAAAAUAUUAUAAUGGCAAUUGUUAAACAUGGUGGUGAUAGACAAGAAUGUCAUGAGAAAAUUAGAGUUUUAAGUCAUCAAGCUGGAAAGGUUGUUAAAGAGGAAGGAGGUGAGAAUGAUUUGAUAGAUAGGGUCAAGAAUGAUGAUUAUUUUAAAGAUAUUUGGGAAGAAUUGGAAAGUUUAUUAGAACCUAAGACUUUUGUGGGGAGAGCACCUGAACAGGUUGAUGGGUUUGUUAAAGAUUGGGUAGAACCUGCUUUGGAAAAAUAUAAACAUGAGUUGGAGAAUGUCAAGUCGGCGGAAUUGAGUGUUUGA